AUGACCAAGGAAUUUUUAUUAAGUACAUCAAUUGAUGAAAGAAAUCAAUACGAGUACCUAUUCCAUGAGGAUGAGAGAAGAAGGUUUACAGGUCUCUGUUUCAGAGCCAAGGCCAUGGGCACCCGCCAGCACCGAGCCAAAUCGCUCCUCUGCUCUCCAAAAAACAGCCCCAGCCGCAACCGGAUUACUUCGGAAGACACAUGGAAGAGAACAGGAACUCCGAAAAUGUUCAAGUCUGAUUUAUUCCUCUCUCAAAAAUCUCUUGCAGGACUAAGUCUGACCUGUGGGAGUCCAGUUUGUGCACAAAUUUGCUUUUGCAGUUUCUGUUUCUGUCUUUUAGAACUUACACAGGUUGAGGACCCUCGAGAGCAGUGGAGACGAGAACAAGAACGCAUGCUAAAAGAAUACUUAGUUGUAGCCCAGGAGGCUCUUAAUGCCAAGAAGGAGAUUUACCAAAUUAAGCAGCAGCGUUUCGAAUUGGCACAAGAAGAGUUUCAACAGUUGCAUGAUCUCUGCGAAGAUGACAGUCGCUCUUAUGUCAGCUCCUUUUCUGGAUUCUCAGCAAACACAAAGUAUGAUCCGUACCAAAUUAAGGCUGAAAUUGCAAACUGGCGAGACAGGCUUUCCAGGUUAAAACGAGAACUGACACUGAUGAAACAAGAACUUCUGCAGCUUUUAGCAUUUAACAGCCGUGCAAUCAGGGCUCUAGGUGGGGCCCCUGGGAUAGGAGGGCGCAUCGGGAUCCUGUUGGCCCUUUCCACUGUGAAGAGCCUAGCAAAGCUCACUGAUGGAUUCAGAAACAGUUUUUGUAUAUCAGACUCUCUACACAACAAUUCAGGCUCCCUAACUGACAACUGUUUACCUCAGCAAUACUGUGAUGCCUGCUCACAAACUGACAACAUUGGAGAGUUUGGCUUUGAUGAUAAAUCAAGAUUAGCGGAUAGAGUCAGGCUUAACUGGCAAUAUGAGGAGGCCAAAAAAAGAGUUUACAGCAUACAGCAACAGCUGUCACUUAUUGAUAAUGAAACCUGGCCAGGAAUGGCAGAAGCAGACAGGGACCAUCUCCAACUUAUCAAAGAAAAAGAAGCUCUCCUUCAAGACCUACAGCUCAUUUGCCAGCAGAGAAGAUCUCCAGAGGACCUUUCAAGGAUGGAAGAAGAAAUGAGAAGAUUAUCAGAUGAGAUCCAGAGGGCCCACACCACAUCAGCUCAAGGGCUUGCAGAAAGGUUGCUGUUACAAGAGAAAAGAAACUGUCUGUUAAGGCACCUAGAGGAGGCUACACGCUUGGCUUCAUAUUUGCACACUCAGAUAAAGAGUUUGUCUGCCAGUACCCUGACUGUGUCUUCUGGUAGUAGUCGAGGAUCUCUAGCAUCAAGUCGCGGCUUACUGGCUUCAAGCAGAGGAUCUCUUAGUUCUAUAAGCUUCACAGACAUUUAUGGUCUUCCGCAUUAUGAGAAAUCUGAAACGCAAAUGGAGUAUGGGCAACUUACGCGUUUUGAUAUGAUUCCAUUAGAUGCUUUAAGCAGAGAUUGUCAGUAUUCAGAGACAGGUGGACUUCCCAACCUAAACAAACAAAAGAUAUCCAUGGAUACUCCUCAGUUGGCAUCACGUUCAUCACGUUCAUCAUGUUCAUCUCUGUCUUCUCUGUCUCCUCCAAGUUCUCCAUUGGAUACUCCUUUUCUUUCCGCUUCUUGUGACUCUCCCUUGACACAAAUGUCAGAAGGCUUGGAGGAAAUAAUGAGCAUUGGUGCUCUAGAUAUGAUAAGAAGGAAUGCUUUGGGUGAAGAGAAUAUCCAAGGUGCAUAUUCCCAAACACAAGGCUGUAACACUGAAAACAUGCUUAAGAAUCUCAGAGACAAUGGGCCACCAUCAAGACUUCAAAGGAGUGCAGCAAGCCCCAUCCAAGACAUCUGUGCAACAAGGAUACAAAGAGUUGGAGGAGUCUCGGCUGGUCUUUCAGACAACUCUCUCACAAGUGAUAGUGGGGUUUUUGAAACUUUAAAUAAAAGAAAUGGAAACAAUUCUGUGCUACAGAACAGUGCCAAGAAUGAAAAACCUCAAGUACACGUUGGAAUAGUAUCCACGGGUACUAAUCCACCGUGCUACAACAUAGAUCUGUAUACAUGUAUACAUUAUGUAUACAUUUUGUAUAAUUAUAUGAAUAUGAUUAUUUUUACUGAUAUGCAUUAUUUGUAUUGUAUGUACGACAGCGAGAGUGAAUGCCUUCUUGUGCACGUUUUGCAAUUGAAAAAUUUAAGUUGUGCCUUUUUUAAGGAAGGGUGCAAAAUACAUAUAAGAGUCUACCUGCCUUCCCUGGACUCCAACACACCUAGCACUUACUGUUCCAAGUCUCUGGAGUUCCACAUGCCGCUGAUGUUUAAUGAAAUUUUCCAAAUCCCUAUGCACACAAACAUUCUGAAGCAGAGCUCACUGCAGCUGUACAUAUGCGCUAUGUGUCCCCGCCUCCAGGAAGAACUACUAGGUAUUGCCCAGAUUGAUUUGGCUGAUUAUGAAGAUUCCACCGAGAUGCAUAUACAGUGGUAUCCAAUCCAAAUGUACAGCAGCACAGAUCCACAAAGGGUUUCUGAGAUUGAAGACUGCUUGCAACCUGCUGAAAAUGUCACUGAAACAAAAACAGAUGCAGUGUCCAUACUUUUAGCACGGACAACAGCCCAUCUUGAAGCAGUAGAGCGGGAGCUGGCAGUAGAGAGGUUUAAACUUGAGUACACAGAAGAAGAGAUACUGGAGAUGGAGAGGAAGGAAGACCAAGCUGAAGCUAUUUCAGAGAGGAGUUGGCAAGCAGACUCUGUUGACAGUGGAUGUCAUAGUAACUGUAACCAGCUGAGUCCUCAUCAUUCAGAAAGCUGUUACGCAGACACUAUGCAAGGAUCUGUACAAGCAGGUCAGGCAAACCUGUACAAUCCUGUGAAGACUCACAAUGAGCCUGUUAAGGUAGAUAAAGAGACCAACACCGAGGAUGUCUUUCCAGACAAAGUCAGAGAUCUUCCAAAAGAGAGAACCCGCCACAGGUCCCGUGGAUCUCCAUUUGUACGCAGCAGUACAAUAGUUCGGUCGCAGACAUUUUCUCUUGGUGCAAGGAGCCAGUAUGUUUGCAGACUUUAUCGAAGUGACAGUGAUAGUUCUACAGUGCCAAGAAAAUUACCUUUCAUCCGAAAUACACUGGAAAGGCGAACGCUACGCUAUAAGCAGCAGUCCUGCCAGUCUUCCAUGGCAGAGAUCAUGGCUCGGACAUCCCUUGACCUGGAGCUGGAUCUUCAGGCUUCCCGAACCAGGCAGCUGCAAUUAAACGAGGAAAUAAAUGCUCUAGGAGAGCUGAAGCAUCGAUUGGAAGAGGUACAGCUUCACGGGCAGAGCGAUCUUCCACAGUGGGUACUUCGAGAUGAACGGUUCCGCAAUUUGUUGUUGGAGGCAGAAAGACAGACGAGACAGACCAAACUCGAACAGCACCAGGAACAAGCUGCAGAGAAAAUGCUUAAGAAAGCAUCCAAAGAGGUUUUCCAUCUUCAUUGGCAGAAUCAGAAGGAACCAUUUCAAGUGCAAACCUUCAGGGAGAAGAUAGCAUUCUUCACAAAACCAAGAAUCAACAUACUUCCUUUGCCCUCUGACGACGUAUGACAUGUUUCUAUAGAAACACGGAGUAUUGAUGUUUGUGUUGUCUCCAUGAAGUUAUUAGAAUAGCUACUUUUGUCUUAUAAAUGUUUCAAAAGUUAUUUUUUUGUAAAAAAUAAAAACAAAAACAUAUAUGCAUAUAUAAAUAUCUAUAAUUAUAUAUUUUAUAAAGUGACUGCAGCAAGGCUUGGUUUUUCCUUGUUGUUACCUUGGCAUUUGAAAAACAACCUAUUUCAUAGAUCAACUGUCCUGUCGUGUGUACAGUGCUGAGAGUGUUUUAUGUGAUUUAAUAAAGGCUGGAAAUCAGAAACAAAGCCAGUUCUGGGGAAUUCGCUGGAGUGUAAUUUAUUUAAUGUGCUCUGUUUUCCUUGAAGGAAAACACCUGCCCUAAGAUGAUUUGGACUGAGUUCCUGCUUUUUGGUGUUCUUCAUACAGAUGAAUUUAUCUUGUCUAGCUGGCUUUGUUUCUGGUACCUGAACUGAAAUACUUUUUUUGCAGACUGUGUUUUGUUUUAGUAGCUUUUUUGCCGCUUCUCUUUAAUGUGUAUGUCAGUCUUAUUGCUAAGCACCAUCUCUCUCUCUACUGUACUGAAAUAUUAUGAAAUCCAAAUUUGUAAAAGUGAUUAAAAUGGCAUUGCAUUUUUCAAAGAAGA